AUGGAACCAAAUUUUCAACAUGUAGACUCCCAUAGCUCGAACAAAUAUGCUAUUAAUCAGCACCAUCAUCACCACCAGCAAAGCACGGAGAAGAUCUCGUUUAUUGUCAUUGGAGCAGGCUUGAUUGGACCACGUCAUGCAGAACAUAUCGUGUCUCACCAUCACGAUUGCACCUUGAUGGCGAUAGUUGACCAUUCGGCAAAAGGACCGCUGGUUGCAUCCAAAUUCGGCGUGCCACUCUAUUCCAACCUCGAUGAAUUUUUCCAAAACGCACCCAAGUUGCCACAGGCGGCCAUCAUCGCUACCCCCAAUCACACCCACCUCGCGAUUGGAAUGCAGUUGAUUAACCGUGGAAUCAACAUUCUCAUUGAAAAGCCAUUGGCUUCUACUGCUACCGAUUGCCAGACCUUGAUUCAAUUUGCCAAAUAUAAACAAGUCAAGAUGCUCGUGGGCCACCAUAGACGAUUUAACCCCUACAUCAUCACCACCAAGCAGAACUUGGCCAAGAUUGGCAAAAUCGUGGCGUUGCAAGGCUGCUGGACGUUGUGCAAGCCACCUUCAUAUUUCUUGGAAAAGCCCUGGCGUUCAUUAGUUGAACAAAACGGAGGCACAUUGUUGAUCAACUUGAUUCACGAUUUGGACUUAUUGCAGUUUUUAAUUGGCCCCAUUGUCAAGAUUUACGCUGAAUUAUUGGAAAAACAGAGAACCGAUCGGUGGGGUUUCCCCGGCAUCACACAAGAUGAAGACUUGGUCGAUGAAGGAGCGGUCUUGACUCUUAAGUUUGCCAAUGGGUGCUGUGGAACGUUUGUAUGUUCAGACAAUGUCAGCUCGCCCUUUUCGUUUGAACACGGCACGGGUGAAAACCCAACCAUUCCCUUUAUGGACGACAUUCAAGGCACCUUGCGUGUCUUUGGCUCCAAUGGCACCAUCAGUGUUCCCGAUAUGAAGUUAUAUCACCAGGGCUUGACUGAACCGGGCACAAACAGCGGCGAAGACCAAAUGAGGGUUGAUGGCUCCGUGGGCGACGGCAACAGCAUGAAUGGGAACCUGGAAGAGAAUAGAUCGUGGUUGAAGCCAAUUCAUUGUCAGCAAUUGACCAUGAAUCAAAAGCCACCCCGGCACGUGCACCAGUCCAUGUUGCUCACCCCAUCGUCUUCACCGGAUUUCAAACACGAUUCCCCGAUUCAUUACACGCACUCAGCCGAGGUUAAGCACCAGGAUUUGCACAAGAUCAAACCGUUUGAUUUGCAAUUGGAACAUUUUGUCAACUUGUUGACCAACCAUGAAACGCACGUCAAAUGCAGCGGCGAGGAUGCCUUGAGAGCGUUGCUUUGCAUUGAAGCUGUUCAGGAGUCGAUUAGAACCGGCAUGCCUCAGUACGUCCAGGACCUCGAUUCUAUUGACCCGGACUUUAACUUGUUGAACGAGUACUUGACCCAGGAAACUAUCUAG